AUGGAGUUCGAGAAUCGGGUUGGCAAGGCAAUGAGUUUUCUUGCUGGUAUUCUUGUUGCACUCGCAGGAAUUUUUCUGUUCGGUCAAGUGGAGGAACUCUCUGAUAUAUCCAAUGGCAACGUUGUGUCUCGCAACUGUUCCUAUUUAUCGAAAAAUACUAGGUCUAAGUAUUCUCGCUCUUGCCCCACAAUAUCUGUACCAACAUUGGAUAUUUUGCCUCAAUGCUUUAACGGCUCUGUUUGGAUGGGAGAAUGGGAACUUAAUAGAAGUCUUGUAAAACCAGGAGCAAGAACGCCUGCAGACGAAGAUUUGGCACGACGAUACCAUUCUAAAUUUGAAUCAUCGUGCAACAUGACCGAUAUCCUAAGAUUGUCGAUUAAUGAAAUGAUUUCUGGACACGUCAACGAUGCUUCUGAGCUCGCGGUGUUAGAGAGAAUGAAAGGAUUGCGAGGGCAGACUCUCCUGCAGAUCGGAACAUCGGUUGACAACCGCCUGCUCCGAUUUGGUUGUCCAGUUUUUGGCACCAAACGCAACGUGUAUAAAGAGGGAGACAUUGCAGUCUCUGAAUGCCAAAUUCCACUCAUUGAUUUUACCAUGGUAUAUGCAUUCAAUGAUGCGCUGACAAAGGCACACGUAUCUGUCGAAGAGCAAGGGGACCAUUUGAAAAAGAUCGAUGAGCUUAUGUCGCAGCAUGGAAUUCAGUCUCCUCGAUACAUUGUACUCUCUGGUAUUGAAUGGGAUAUGAAGUGGCACAAGGACCACAAAGAGCAAUUUGAUUGGAACUACACCGAGCUGGUUGUUGACGAAAAAGUGUCGCUUUUGCGACGACAUUAUCCUAGCGCUCUUGCCCUUUUCCUCCGCACGCAGCCAUAUACUAGUGGGAAGGAAGGAAGCCUGGCAUCUAAAGAAAGCUUCCAGCGUUACAAUGAUCUAUUCUAUGCUACUGCUCGGCACCACAAUCCAAAUGAAAAUAUUUGUGGAGGAGUCCAUGUUGCAGAUUUGGCUGAAAUGAUGCUAUACAACGGUACUGCUGAAUCCGGCUGGAGUGAUGGCGUUCACCCUUCAGGAUGGGUCUCUCUGCAGUUUAUGAAUGUUCUACUGAAUGUGGUAUCAUUAAUGGGUGAGCUUUGCAGAUCUUGA